AUGGAACACCUACCUUGCGUGCCCGGGCCCAAGUUACAGCCGUUUCGCCAAAAUGGGAAGAGACCUGACAUAAACUUCCUCGGUCACAUUGGGAGAGGCAUACACGCACACGUCUGGCUAGUAGAGACUGGCGGUGCCCUCUUCGCCCUCAAAACUUUCACCUUCUCACAGAUAUACGCAGGGCCAGAGCGGUGGGAGGUGGAGAUGACGGAAGAGGAGGAAUUAGCUUACCUCCACCCGUUCGGCUGCGAGGCGCGUGCUUAUGGAAAAAUCGCAGAACUUGGCUUGGACGACGUGGCAGCGCGUUGCCACGGAUAUAGCAUGCUCGACCAAAAACAUCAGGAUCGCCUAGGGGAGGCAGAUCAGGAGCGCACCUUUGAGGGCCAUCGUGUUGAGUACAUAGACACCAGCACGGUCAAGCCAUCUAAAGGUGUCUAUGAUGACAACCGGAAGAUGAUCGAGACCGCCAUAAGCCGAAAGACGGCCCCGAAGCUGAUCCGCAACCUCAAGAAGCUUCACCGUGGCGGAAUACUCGUGCGGGAUAUCAACACGGGCAACAUCCUCCACGGCUACCCCUGA